CGUCAAGCCGCUGGAUUCGGUUGUUAUUUUACCACAGUGAUAGACGCGUUUAGGAGUAGGGGAGGCUACUUUUAGAACUUUAAUGAAUAAUUCUUAAUUGAAAUGAGCGAAACGAUGGAAAAAGAGUCGAUGUUAGAAAAGAUUGUCGGUAGUGAAGUUAUUGGCUUGUUAAAGUGCAACAUAUGUUGGGAUAUUUUUACAGAUCCGACCAUUCUACCCUGUGGACACACAUUCUGCAUGGGAUGUUUGAAUGAGAUAGGUCGACAUCGGUUGAAAAAUACCAAAGUGGCAGUUACCUGUGACAUCACAAUCUUCUGUCCAAACUGUCGUCAUGGCGUUCUUCUCGAUGACGUCAACAACCUAAAGAAUGGUGUUCGAUUAAACUACGCUUUGAGUUCUAUUAAGGAAACACUGACAAAUUUUCAGUCUGUGCCGAAAGUUGACGCCGCAACCAACACCGAUACCGAGGCAGUGUUGGACGAAAAGCUGAAAAACAUCGAACAAAAUAUGAAUACGGCCUUUUACGAACUAAAGAAAAGGGGCAACGUUAUAAACAGCGCUUAUGCACAAAUAGCAAAAAUCAGAGAAUGCCAAAAUUUAAAGCCCGGGGUCUUUCAAGAAAACAACGAGUUAAACAAUUGCACUUUGAAGACUAAACGCACAAAUGAUCAAGUAUUUGAUGUCUUGAAAAGCAAACUGAAUGUCAAUCAACCCGAAUUUGUUCCACGUAGCUAUUCCCGUCCUAAACAAAGCGGUUACCAUCAAGGGAGAAGGAAUCAGUAUUAUGAGCGACGGUCAUGGAAUUCUACUUCCGGUUUGAUUCCACAAUAUCAUAGAGUUCACCCCGCAUUUGACCCUGCCAUUGUUUCCGUCUAUGGUCCUGCGCAGUAAAACAACCAAAAACAUUACUUUUGAUAUCAAUGUUUUUAUUUUUAGAAAGCGUUGACCUAUUUAUUUUGUAUAUGAGAACAUUGACGACGCCAUUUUGUAUUUUUAUACCUGGCUUUUUCCAGAAACUUUUACAUCAUACUUAUAUGCUCUUACUGCAUGUAGUUUAGAAAUUUUUUAAAAAAAUUCAAUAAAGGCAAAACAUUUUUAAGCCCUAUUUAAAUUUAA